UUCAUUUUCAUUCUUGUUCAUUCGUUUUCAUUCGCUUGGGUUUUCAUUCGUUUUCAUUCACGUCGUUUUCGUGGGUCUGUGAUGUUCAUUUCUGUGUGGGUCUGUGUUUUUUUGUGUGGGUUUUCAUUCUUCUUCUGCUUGAUGGCUUGAUGAUGAGAAUGUCAAUAUAAAAAUACAAAUUUGCAUGAGAUUUGGAAGUCUGUGUAGGUCUGUGUAGGUCACUUUAGCAUGGGCAGGGGUCAAUAUUUAUGGCCAAUUGUAUAAACAUACAACUUGUUUUGAUAUUAACUAAGUUGUAUAAACAUAUUUAUAAAAUUAUCAAUGCUUGUGCUGUGCAGGGGUUGCUGUGUUAGGCGGUGAUUGCUGCUCCUGCGUUAGGCGGUGAUUGCUGCUCCUGCGUGUUGCUUGUGCUGUGCAGGGGCUGGUGUUGCUCUUUUUUGGUGUUGUCAUCUUUGUUUGAAGUUAGAAGGUUCAAUCACGGUCUCAUCUACAGGUAUGGACCGUAGUUGGAUGAGAGCUAAUCGAUUAAGUACUGAGUACAGACAUGGAGUGAUGGAAUUUCUACAGUUUGCGGAAAGUAAUGCUGAACUAGAACGUCCUCCUCCUGAAUUUCCUCCACUUUUUCUAUGUCCGUGUAUAAAUUGUGCAAAUAAAGAACCAAAACGUACUAAGAAAGAAAUCAUGAAUCAUCUAAUUUGUGACGGGAUUUGUCAAAAUUAUACACAAUGGAUAUGGCACGGUGAAGUAGUUGCAACGCCAAGUGUGUCCCAUAGAGAAAGUGGUAGUGUGGAUAUCGAUGAUCGACUGGAAGACAUGAUGCGUGAUAUUGGAGAAGAUUCGUUUAAGAGGGCGCAUGUGUAUGAAACUUUAUGCAGUGACAAGGAUGAACCAUUGUAUCCGGGAUGCACAAAUUUUACCCGUUUGUCUGCGGUGUUAAAAUUGUUUAAUUUGAAAGCAAAAAAUGGGUGGACCGACAUAGCAAACCAUGGGUAA